GAUGCACUGGUUCGUUUUCUUAGGUGGUUCCAGCGAAUGUCUCUUUCUGUUGUUUAACUCCAUAAUGGGGAUCAGGUAAUAUUAACUCCGGCGCAAAAGAAGGAAUAUCUGAAGCUUUCCGUCGCUUGUUUUAUUUUAUUUUUUUUCUUUGAUUUCUUUUCCUCCUUUGGUUGUUCCCUACUACCCCUCCUCUUUUCCAUCUUCUACCUUCACCUACGGAUAACGCUGGUCCACAUCUAUGGUAAAUGAAAGCAAAAACAUGUACUUACCGGAGGACACCCUUGAAAACCAUCAAGGCUCCAACUACACGAGCCCGGCGUUGCCGGCGGUGACGGCGGCGGUGAGCGAGCGCGAGCAUGGAGGAGGAGGAGGAGGGGUGCCCGUGGGCAGUGCCAUGGUGGGCCUGGCGGCAGAACACAUGCCCACGGCCGGGGCGGCCCUCAGCUGGCAGGCGGCCAUCGACGCGGCGCGGCAGGCCAAGCUCAUGGGCUCGUCCGGGCCGCCCAUCUCCACCACGGCCAGCUCCACGCAGCUGCAGCGGCGGCGCCAGCACUACGCCAAGCCCAAGAAGCCCACCUGCACCGCCGCCACCCGCCCACCUCGCGCCCUCCUCUGCCUCACCCUCAAGAACCCCAUACGCAGGGCCUGCAUCAGCAUCGUGGAGUGGAAACCGUUUGAGAUCAUCAUCCUGAUGACCAUAUUUGCUAACUGCGUGGCCUUAGCGGUGUACAUCCCCUUCCCCGAGGACGACUCCAACGCCACCAACUCCAACCUGGAGCGGGUGGAGUACCUCUUCCUCAUCAUCUUCACGGUGGAGGCGUUUCUAAAGGUCAUCGCCUACGGCCUGCUCUUCCACCCAAACGCGUACCUGCGCAACGGAUGGAACUUACUGGAUUUCAUCAUCGUGGUCGUAGGGUUGUUCAGUGCGAUAUUAGAGCAGGCCACUAAAGUAGAUGGGGGGACUCCUAUUGGUGGGAAAGCAGCGGGCUUCGACGUCAAAGCUCUCCGCGCCUUCAGAGUGCUGCGUCCACUACGGCUGGUGUCAGGAGUGCCCAGUCUGCAGGUGGUGUUGAACUCCAUCAUCAAGGCCAUGGUCCCUCUGCUGCACAUCGCCCUGCUGGUCCUCUUCGUCAUCAUCAUCUACGCCAUCAUCGGCCUGGAGCUCUUCAUGGGCAAGAUGCACCGCACCUGCUUCUACGUCCGCGAUGGACACAAGGGACCCAUAGCGGAGGAGAAGCCGGCCCCGUGUGCCCCCAGUGAUGCCACGCACGGGCGCCACUGCUCGCCGCCCAACCUCACCAAGUGUGACGGCGGGUGGGAGGGGCCUAACGAGGGCAUCACCAACUUCGACAACUUUGCCUUCGCCAUGCUCACCGUGUUCCAGUGUAUCACCAUGGAGGGGUGGACAGACGUGCUCUACUGGAUGCAGGAUGCGAUGGGCUAUGAGCUACCCUGGGUCUACUUUGUCAGUCUGGUCAUCUUUGGAUCCUUCUUUGUUCUCAAUCUGGUUCUGGGAGUCUUGAGCGGAGAGUUCUCUAAGGAGCGCGAGAAGGCGAAGGCACGCGGAGACUUCCAGAAGCUGCGGGAGAAGCAGCAGCUGGAGGAGGACCUGAAGGGCUACCUGGACUGGAUCACGCAGGCCGAGGACAUCGACCCCGACAACGAGGACGAGGGCUUGGAUGAGGAAAAGCCCCGCAACCUGAGUAUGCCCGCGGGGGAGAGUGAGUCGGUCAACACAGAUAAUGCUCCAGCAGGUGACAUGGAGGGAGAGACCUGCUGCACACGACUGGCAAAUAGGAUCUCCAAAUCCAAGUUCAGUCGCUACUCUCGGCGUUGGAACAGGUUGUGUCGGAGGAAGUGUCGAGCGGCGGUCAAGUCCAACGUGUUCUAUUGGCUGGUCAUCUUCCUGGUGUUCCUCAACACACUCACCAUCGCCUCCGAGCACCACAAGCAAGCUGAGUGGCUCACAGAUGUGCAAGACAUAGCGAAUAAAGUGCUGCUGGCUCUGUUCACGGGGGAGAUGCUGAUCAAGAUGUACAGUCUGGGGCUGCAGGCCUACUUCGUGUCGCUCUUCAACCGCUUCGACAGCUUCGUGGUGUGCGGCGGUAUCCUGGAGACCAUCCUCGUGGAGACCAAGAUCAUGUCCCCCCUCGGCAUCUCCGUGCUGCGCUGCGUACGCCUGCUCCGCAUCUUCAAGAUCACCAGGUACUGGAACUCCCUGAGUAACCUGGUGGCGUCGCUGCUCAACUCGGUGCGCUCCAUCGCCUCGCUGUUGCUGCUCCUCUUCCUCUUCAUCAUCAUCUUCUCGCUCCUCGGCAUGCAGCUCUUCGGCGGCAAGUUCAACUUCGACGUGACGCGCCGCAGCACCUUCGACAACUUCCCCCAAUCCCUGCUCACCGUCUUCCAGAUUCUGACAGGAGAGGACUGGAACUCGGUGAUGUACGACGGGAUCAUGGCGUACGGAGGGCCGUCUUUCCCGGGAAUGCUUGUGUGCAUCUACUUCAUAAUCCUGUUCAUCUGUGGAAACUAUAUCCUGCUGAACGUCUUCUUGGCCAUCGCUGUGGACAACCUGGCGGACGCAGAGAGCCUGACCUCAGCACAGAAGGAGGAAGAGGAGGAGAAGGAGAGGAAGAAGCUGGCCAGGACGGCGAGCCCAGAGAAGAGGCAGGACAAUGAGAAGCCCCCUCUGGAGGAGGAGAGGAAGGAGGAGAAGAUCGAGCUCAAGUCCAUCACCUCAGAUGGGGGCACACCUACUGCUACUAAGAUUCAUAUCGAUGAGUACCAAGGCGAUGAGAACGAGGAGAAGAACCCGUACCCUGCCAAUGAUCUCACAGGUACCGAUGACGAUGAGGAGCCAGAGAUGCCGGUCGGUCCGAGACCACGUCCACUCUCUGACGUCCAGCUCAAGGAGAAGGCCCUGCCCAUGCCCGAGGCCAAAGCCUUCUUCAUCUUCAGCCACACCAACAAGUUCAGGGUUCUGUGCCAUAAGAUCGUGAACCACAACAUCUUCACCAACCUCAUCCUCUUCUUCAUCCUACUCAGUAGCAUCUCUCUGGCCGCUGAGGACCCUGUUCAGACCGAGUCCUUUAGGAACAAGUUAUUAGGCUAUGCAGAUUACAUCUUCACAGGCCUCUUCACUAUUGAGAUCAUUUUAAAGAUGACUGCGUAUGGAGCCUUCAUCCAUAAGGGCUCUUUCUGCCGUAACUACUUUAAUAUCCUGGACCUGGUGGUGGUCAGUGUGUCCCUCAUCUCCUCCGGGAUUCAGUCAAGUGCCAUUAACGUGGUGAAGAUUCUGAGAGUGCUAAGAGUCCUGAGGCCCCUUAGGGCCAUCAACAGGGCCAAGGGCCUCAAGCACGUGGUCCAGUGUGUGUUUGUAGCGAUCCGCACCAUCGGGAACAUUGUGAUCGUCACCUCUCUGCUGCAGUUCAUGUUCGCCUGCAUAGGAGUACAACUCUUCAAGGGCAAGUUCUACACAUGCACAGACUCCUCUAAGCAGACGCAGGCAGAAUGCAGGGGCUCCUAUAUCCUGUACCGGGACGGUAAUGUGGGGAAGCCGGAGAGGGCGAGGCGUGUGUGGGAGAACAGCGAGUUCAACUUUGAUAACGUACUGACGGGCAUGAUGGCGCUGUUCGCCGUCUCCACCUUCGAGGGAUGGCCAGAGCUCCUGUACAAGGCCAUUGACUCGCACACGGAGGACGUGGGUCCGAUCCACAACUACCGCGUGGUCAUCUCCAUCUUCUUCAUCAUCUACAUCAUCAUCAUCGCCUUCUUCAUGAUGAACAUCUUCGUGGGUUUCGUCAUCGUCACCUUCCAGGAGCAGGGCGAACAGGAGUACAAGAACUGUGAGCUGGACAAGAAUCAGCGUCAGUGUGUGGAAUAUGCUCUGAAGGCUCGUCCACUGCGCCGAUACAUCCCUAAAAACCAGUACCAGUACAAGGUGUGGUAUGUGGUCAACUCCACCUACUUUGAGUACCUGAUGUUCACCCUCAUCCUACUCAACACCAUCUGCCUGGCCAUGCAGCAUCAUGGCCAGUCAUCAUCUUUCAACCACGCCAUGAACAUUCUAAACAUGCUCUUCACCGGCCUCUUCACUGUAGAGAUGAUCCUCAAACUGAUCGCCUUCAAACCGCGGCACUAUUUUGUUGAUGCAUGGAACACGUUUGACGCCCUUAUAGUAGUGGGCAGCGUUGUUGACAUAGCUAUCACUGAGGCUAAUCCGACUACUGAGUCCUCAUCCCACCCCCCUCCGGUAAGACCUUUGGGACUCCAAAACUCUGAAGAUAACGCCAGGAUCUCCAUCACCUUCUUCCGGCUCUUCCGCGUCAUGAGGCUCGUUAAGCUGCUGAGUCGAGGAGAGGGGAUUCGGACCCUGCUGUGGACCUUCAUCAAGUCCUUCCAAGCCCUUCCAUAUGUAGCUCUGCUUAUAGUGAUGCUGUUCUUCAUCUAUGCCGUCAUUGGGAUGCAGAUGUUUGGUAAGAUAGCGCUGAGAGACCACACCCAGAUCAACCGCAACAACAACUUCCAGACCUUCCCACAGGCCGUACUGCUGCUCUUCAGGUGUGCCACAGGCGAGGCGUGGCAGGAGAUCAUGCUGGCGUGUUACCCCCAUAACCCGUGUGAGAAGGGCAGCUCCGACAGCUCCGACGGCGACGCAGACGACCCCGGCAACGAAUGCGGCAGCCAGUUCGCCAUCAUCUACUUCGUCAGCUUCUACAUGCUCUGUGCCUUCCUGAUCAUCAACCUGUUUGUAGCCGUCAUCAUGGACAACUUUGACUAUCUGACGCGUGAUUGGUCCAUCCUUGGGCCGCAUCAUCUGGACGAGUUCAAGAGGAUCUGGGCGGAGUAUGACCCCGAGGCCAAGGGUCGGAUAAAGCACCUGGAUGUGGUCACUCUCUUGCGGCGGAUCCAGCCCCCUCUGGGCUUUGGGAAGCUUUGCCCUCACAGAGUGGCCUGCAAGCGCUUGGUAUCCAUGAACAUGCCCCUCAACAGUGACGGCACCGUCAUGUUCAACGCCACCCUCUUCGCCCUCGUCCGCACCGCACUACGCAUCAAGACAGAAGGUAACCUGGAGCAGGCUAACGAGGAGCUGCGUGCCAUCGUGAAGAAGAUCUGGAAGAGGACCAGCAUGAAGCUGCUGGACCAGGUCGUGCCCCCGGCCGGAGAUGAUGAGGUGACGGUGGGCAAGUUCUACGCCACCUUCCUGAUCCAGGAGUACUUCCGCAAGUUCAAGAAGAGGAAGGAGCAGGGUCUGGUGGCUAAGGUGCCCCCCAAAACAGCGCUGUCUCUGCAGGCGGGCCUGCGGACGCUGCAUGACAUGGGUCCAGAGAUCCGGCGGGCGAUCUCGGGCGAGCUGACGGUGGAGGAGGAGCUGGAGAAGGCCAUGCAGGAGACGGUGUGUGCGGCGUCCGACGACGACAUCUUCAGGCGCUCAGGCGGUCUCUUUGGCAACCACGUCAACUACUACCACCAGGCGGACGGACGCAACACCUUCCCACAAUCCUUUGCCACGCAGCGGCCGCUCCACAUCAGCAAGUCGGGCAGCCCGGGCGACGCCGAGUCCCCGUCGCACGAGAAGCUGGUGGACUCGGCCACCUUCGGCCCGGCUAGCAGCUACUCCUCGUCCGGCUCCAACGCCAACAUCAACAACGCCAACAACACGGGCGUCGGGCCCAGCGGGCGCAGCCACAGCCAGGCCUCCAUCAGCACGGUGGACGGGCACACCGGGCAGCCCCUCACCCCCAUCCUGCUGCCCCGCUCCGCAUGGUGCUUCCCCCCCAAGAGCUCGGACUCCAGUGACAGCCGCUUGCCAAUCAUCCGUCGGGAGGAGGAGUCGACCGAUGAGACGUAUGACGAGAGAGACUACUCAGAGCAGGGCAUCCUCUCCUCCGACAUGCUGGAGUUCCAGGACGAGGAGAGUAAGCAGCUGUCCCCCAUGGAGCUGGAGGAGGGGGACGACCCCGAGGACACGAGACCCUGGCAGUCUCCACGACGAGCCUUCCUGUGUCCCACCACCCUGGGUCGAAGGUCGUCCUUCCACUUGGAGUGUCUGAGGAGACAGACGAGAGGAGACAUCUCUCAGAAGACUGCAUUACCCCUGCACCUGGUCCAUCAUCAGGCGUUGGCAGUGGCAGGCCUGAGCCCCCUGCUGCGGCGGAGUCACUCCCCGACGCUGUUCUCGCGGCUGUGCUCCACCCCCCCCGCCAGCCCUGGGGGGCCGGAAGAGCGCCCCCUGGUGCCCGCGCUGCGUCUGGAGGGCAGCACCAGCUCCUACGAGAAGCUCAACAGCAGCCUGCCGUCGGUCAACUGCGGCCCGUGGUACAGCGACUCCAACGGCAACGGCAACGGCGGCUCCGGCCUCCCCCGCGCCACGCGGCCCCCCCGACCCGUCUCCCUCACCGUGCCCCCCGCCCUGACCAGAGACGACCGCGCGCUCACACACGGCAGCGCAGGCAGCCUGGUGGAGGCAGUGCUGAUCUCGGAGGGGCUGGGGCGGUUCGCUCAGGACCCGUCGUUCAUCGAGGUGACGAAGCACGAGCUGGCGGACGCGUGCGACAUGACGAUCGAGGAGAUGGAGAGCGCCGCCGACAACAUCCUCAACGGCAACGCGCAGCCCAGCGCCAACGGCAACCUGCUCUCCUUCAUCCACUGCAGGGGGGACGUGGACGCGGGCGAGCCGGGCAGCCCAGCCGAGAGCCCCGACGCCGGGGAGCAGCAGCAGCUGCUGGGGGGGGGCAGCCUGGAGGACCAGGACGCCGAGCUGGAGCUAGCGCUGGGGCUAGCGGAGGGGCUAGCGGAGGGGGGGGGGCAGCGGAACAGCGGCCUGCUGGACGACGAGGACAUGGAGUGUGUGACCAGCUUGUAG